AUGGAUAUUGAAAAGGUAUAUGACGUAAACUUUAGUGAGGAAAACAUACUUUUGAGAAAAGAAAACGCAGAAGAUAAAAAUCUCCAACAUAAGAAAGAUGUUAAAAACUUUUGUAGUUUAUCAGAAAAUUAUAAUUUUUUUAAAAGCAGUAAUUUAAAUGAUGAAUUAUAUCAUGAAAGAGAUAAAAAUAAAAACGAAAAUACAAAUAAUGAGAUUAUGGACAUCUAUGAAGGGAAAAGUGAAAAUUUUUAUUAUGAAAAGAGUGGAUAUUCGGAUGUAGAAAAAAGUGAUUUUUCUUUUGAUGAAAAAAGUGAAAAUAAUUUAAAUGAAAGAAAUGAAUACUCAUUUACAGAAAAAAGUGAUUUUUCAUUAGAAGAAUUGAAUAAAAAAAGAAGUGUAUCAUCUUAUCCAUUAUAUGAUGAAAAUAUAUUACAAACAAAUGUAGAUUUAGAAGAAAAUAUAUAUAAGGCUAUGGAAAUAAACACUUAUAAUGAAAAUUAUGUAAAUAAUUAUGAAAAAAGUAAAUAUGUUCCAUUAAAUACAAAUAAAUUUAUACAGAGAACAAAAUAUGAUGAAGAAAAUAAUAUGAAUAAUAAAAAAAUAAACGGUGAGGAAAAAAUAAAAUAUAUAUAUAAAACAUAUACAGCAGCUCCAAUUUCUCAGACUGAGAAAACUGGACUUUGGUUAAUUGACACAGUUAAUGAACUAUUAGAUAAAUUAUGUGACAAUAAAAAAGAUUAUUAUUUAAAUAGUUUAGACAUAGUACAAAAGUAUCCUAAUGAUGAUUUGCUUUAUACAAAAUUGAAUGAAAAUAUAAAAGUGAAAUGGCCAGAUUUUUUAAAACUGAAUAAUUUAAUAUAUUAUAAUCACAUUUUAAAUAUAUAUGAAAGUAUGUAUAAAAAGUUCAUAAGUGACGAACAAACAAAUUUUGUCCAAAAUAAAAAGUUAAUGAAAAAAACUAAUUCUAUACCUUUACCAAAAUUUCCAUACAAAAAUUUAAAAGAUAGAUGUAUUUCAAAAUAUUAUGAAAAUUUACCAGAAUUAAAAGUUAUUAAUGAAGAAAGUGAGAUGUCACAACAUAAUAAUACAAAAAAUGAUGCAUUUCUAAAUUUCUUUUUUAAGAAUUUUAUUGAUCAGAUAAAGAAUAAAUAUAAUGAAUUUUGUGAUAAUGUUGGAGAAAAAUUAGAAAAAGUAGAAAAAAAAAAUUAUAAUUUUAAAGAGUAUUGUAUGGAAGUUUCAAAAAUUUUCGCCAGUAAUAUUCUAAAUGUGAUAUCAUUUUCUAAGUUCCCAGUAUUAUUAAACAAUAUUUUAGAAUCUGUUCAUGCUUGCAUAAAAUAUCAAAAUGAAGAAGAAAUAGAAGAUAAUGUUUUAAGUAGUUCAUCCAAUAUACACAAUAAUAAUAAGAUGGAAACCAUUUAUUCUUUACCAUUGGAUUCAUGUAAUACUACUUUUAAUUUAAACACAACUAUUCAAUUAAAUAAUAUUCAAAAUAAAACUACUCCGUUAAAUUCUAAUUAUUUUGUAUGUCCCACGAAAGAAAAAAGGAAUACAUUAUUUACAUCAGCACAAAAAAAAUAUAAUUACACUAGCAACUUUAAUUCUUUACCAAAAUAUACGAAGACAUAUGCAAAUAACAGAAAUAAAUUAAGUAAAUGUUUCAGGACUGAUGAUAUAUUAAAAUAUAGAGAAAUGAAACAUAAUGCUUAUAUUAACACAAGUAUGCCACUUGACAGUAAAUUAAAAUAUUUUUCUUCAAAAAACAAAAAUACAAAUAAAAAUAUACAUGGAAAUGAAAGUGAAAAUGAGAAAGAAAACAAUAAGUAUUCAGAAAAAGAUUCUAAUAUAUCUACCCAUGUUUUUAGUGGUCAAUUUAAAAUAAAUAAUGCGAACAAUUACUAUACUGUUAAUUCAUUGCCACUUGAUGAUUCUAUAAAAUUAGAAAAUUCACCUUUUAAUAAAAGAAGUCAAGUAGAAUCAUCUGAGUUUUUAGAAUGCAAAAGUAAUUGUACACCUAACUAUUAA